AGACUGUCAGAAAUUGAUGCAGUUCUUAAGGAUGCAGAAGAGAAGCAAAUCAUAAAUUCGACUGUGAAAAUCUGGCUUACCAAGCUCCGAGAUUUGGCUUAAGAUGUGGAGGACGUACUGGACGAGUUUCAAACAGAAGCUUUGGCAAGCAAGAUGAGGGCAGAAUCUCAAGCCAGCAGCAGUACUGUCCGGAAGCUCCUCCCAACUUGUUGUGCUGGUCUGAAUCCAAGUGCUAUUGAGCUUAAUAUGAGGACGGGGUCCAGGCUGCGGGGCAUAACUACACGACUAGAAGCAAUUGCUAAAGAGAAAAAUGAGUUCGACGUGGGAAUCAUGGCUGAACAGAGGUCAAAAGGAGUGAAAAAAAGGGCGACUACAUCACUGGUCAAAGAAUCCGAUGUUUGUGGGAGGGACAAUGACAAGAAGGCCAUACUGGAAUUGUUGAUGAACGAUGAUGCUAGCAACGUUGAGUACUCCGUCAUUCCAAUAAUUGGAAUGGGUGGUAUCGGGAAGACAACUCUUACUCAACUUGUCUACAAUGAUGAGAGAGUGAAGUUUGAUUGCAAAGCAUGGGUCUGUGUUUCUGAUGAUUUUGACAUUCCGAGGAUAACAAAAACAAUUCUCCAGCACUUGGAAAGUUGUGAAGAUAAUGAUUUAAAUGUUCUUCAAGAAAGAUUGAAGGAAAAAUUGUCUGGAAAGAAGUUUUUGAUAGUGUUGGAUGAUGUUUGGAGUAACAACUAUGAUGACUGGACAGCCCUUUCUCUUCCCUUCAGUGCAGGAGCAAGAGGGAGCAAAGUCAUCAUCACAACUCGUAGUGAAGACAUUGCUUCAAAAAUGGGCUCUGUUCGUGCUUUGACUUUGGAGAGGCUAUCAUUUGAUGAAUGUCUACGCAUAUUUACCCAACAUGCUUUGGAUUCCAGAAAUUUUGAUGCUCAUUUGGAAUUGAAAGAAAUAGGAGGAGAGAUAGUGGAAAAAUGUAAAGGAUUGCCUUUGGUUGCAAAGACACUUGGAGGACUCUUACGCCACAAGCAGAACCUUGAAGAGUGGGAAGAUAUUUUGAGCAGUGAGAUGUGGAAUUUGCCAGAAACUGAAAGUGGCAUUCUUUCAGCUUUGAGAUUAAGCUAUAAUCAUCUUCCUUCCCAUUUGAAGCAGUGUUUUGCUUACUGCGCAAUCUUUCCUAAAGAUUAUGAGUUCGACGAGGACGAGCUAGUUUCCCUGUGGAUGGCAGAGGGUUUUCUGAAGCAAACAACGAAAAAGAAGCACAUGGAAGACUUAGGCCAUGAAUAUUUUCGUGAUUUAUCAUCAAGGUCGUUCUUUCAACGAUCUAGUAGCAACAUAUCACGAUUUAUAAUGCAUGAUCUUAAAAGUGAUCUUGCUUGGUUUGCUAGUGGAGAAAUAUGCUUUUACUUGGAUGACACGAAGAAGGAACCAUGCUCAGUAGAAUCAUAUGCUGCAGUUCGCCACUCUUCAUUCACUUCUCAUAGAUAUGACAUUUCUCAAAGAUUUGAUGUCUUCUAUGAAAUGAAAAACUUGCGAACAUUCUUAGCACUGCCAACUUAUUUAUCACAGUCAAGGCCUUAUCACUUAUCUAGCAAGGUGUUAGAUGAUUUAGUGCCAAAAUUAAAAUGUUUAAGGGCAUUGUCACUGGCUGGUUAUUCUGUAGAGGAAUUGCCAAAUUCUACUGGUACCUUAAAGCGUUUACGUUACCUUAACUUGUCCUAUACUUGGAUUAAAAGAUUACCUGAAUCGUUGGGUGUACUCUUCAACUUGCAGACUUUGAGGUUACGUGGGUGCCCGAAGCUUGUUGAGUUGCCCACAUGUGUUAUCAAUUUAAUUAAUUUGCAGUGCCUUGAUAUUAGAGAUACAGAUGGGUUGCAGGAGAUGCCUCCGCAGAUAAGCAAAUUGAUAAAUCUUCGCAUGUUGCCUAAGUUUAUCGUGGGAGAAGGAAAAGGGCUUGGGAUAACGGAGUUGAUGAAGCUUUCGCAUUUACAAGGGCAGCUUAAAAUAGAGGGGUUGCAUAAGGUGAAUAUUCGAGAUGCAGAACUUGCAAAUCUGAAAGAGAAGACAGGUCUAUGUGAGUUAGCCUUGCAUUGGAUUAGUAAUUUUGAUGAUUCACUACGAAAUGAAAGGAAUGAACUGCAUGUCCUCGACUCAUUAAAGCCCCACCGAAGUCUAGAAAAGCUUUCAGUUACAUCAUAUGGCGGUACCGAGUUUCCAUCAUGGAUAGGGGAUAGCUGUUUCUCUAAAUUAGUGCACCUAAAGCUUUCUACAUGUCAGAAGAUCACAUCACUUUCAUCGGUUGGAAAACUCCCUGCUCUAAGGCAUUUGAGCAUAGAAGGAAUGGAUGGGGUGAAAGAAGUGUAUGCUGAGGAUUUCCAAUCUCUUGAGACUUUAUACAUCAGAAAUAUGUUGGGGUGGGAGCAAUGGUUGUGUUCUGACGGUGUCACUGAAAGUACCGUGGGAAAAUUUCCUAAACUCAGUGAGCUUACCUUGAUGAAUUGUCCGAGGUUGAUUGGAGAUUUGCCAAGUUGCCUUCCUUCCCUCAAAAAGCUUCACAUUGAAAAAUGUCAAGGGGUGGUUCUCGAUCUCAGAGCUGCGCCUGAUCUAACAUCCCUCUCAAGCUUACAAUUAAUUCAAAUAUCCGGCCUUUCAAGUUUACAUGAAGAGCUCGUGCAGGCCUUGGUGGCGCUUGAAGAUCUUGAUCUUGUAUGUUGUAAUGAAUUGACUUACUUGUGGCAAGAUGGGGUUGAUUUAGACAAACUUUCGAAUUUAAAACGUUUACGGAUCGUUGAAUGUGAGCAGCUCGUGUCGCUGGUAGAGAGCGAGGAAGGGAUUUUGCCUUGCAAUCUUGAGGUUUUGACCGUGGAAGACUGUUGUAACUUGGAGAAGCUGGCAAAUGGGCUGUGCAGCCUCACAUCGCUCAGAGACUUGACAAUACUUACAUGCACAAAGCUAGAGUGCUUUUCUGAAGGAGCAGGUUUGCCUCUCUCUCUCAAACGUCUUGAGAUUUCAGGUUGUGAUUCUCUGAGAUCGUUGCCCGAUGGAAUGAUGACAAUGGUGAACGACAGCGAUUGUAACCAGUGCCUUCUUGAAGCGUUGUCAGUUACUGCUUGUCCAUUCCUAAAAUCGCUUCCUACAGGGAAGUUGCCAAAAACACUCAAGUUCUUGAGCAUUUCCUGGGAUAACCAAGAGUCUCUUCUAGAGGCGAUUUUGCAACGUGAUGCAAGGGAGACAUCUGGCUCUAAUCUUGAGCAUUUAACACUACAGAUUUUAUCUGCCACAUCCUUCCCAACUGGCGAGUUUCCUAUUUCUCUGAAGGAACUUACUAUUGUCAAUUGCAGAAUACCGUCAUUACCACCCCUGCAUUUCCUCUUCCAUCUCACUGAGUUGAAGAUAAUUGGGUGCAAUGAGUUGAAGUGGUUCCCCAAAGAGGGCUUGCCCCUACCAAAUAUCAUCUCUCUUGUCAUACACCGUUGUGAAAAGUUGAGGUCCCUACCCACUCACAUGGAUAGCCUCAAGUCUCUUCAAGAUUUAAGGAUAUCUAAAUGUCACCGUCUGGAUUCCUUUACGGAAAGGGGUUUGCCACCUAACCUGACUUCACUUGAAAUUCUUAAUUGCAAAAUUUCACUGCCAAUGUCUGAGUGGGGACUCCGCAUGCUCACCUCUCUUAAACGAUUCUCAGUCGAAUCUACAAUGGAUGUGGAUCGCUUUCCGGAUGAUGAAGGUCUGCUGCUUCCCACUUCGUUAACUUGUCUUGUGAUCUCUAAUCAGGAGAAUCUUAAAUCGAUAUCCAGAGGCGUCCAACACCUCACCUCCCUUGAAGUAUUAAACAUUUUUGAGUGCCCUAUACUCCAGUUCUUCCCCAGGGAGGGCUUCCCUCUCUCUCUUGGAUGUAUACGUAUCCGUGACAGUCCUCUUCUGGAGGAACGAUGCUUGAAAGAGAAAGGAGAUUAUUGGUCCAUCAUUGCCCACAUCCCCAAAGCUGAUAUCUUUGUUCAGAAGGAUUUGAAAGAGAAAAAAAUCAGAUAAUCAGGCAAGCAAUGGAUUAACUUGAGGAAAUAAGUUUGGCUGGUCUGUUGUCCAGGCUGGAACCUCUGCAAGUUGCAACUCCAACAUAAUUUUUUGUGAUCAUGAGCAAGUAUCAAGUCUCCAUCACUUAAUAUUAGGGAUCCGAGAUUUUAAGGUGGCUUAGGUUCCGACAGACAGUCUUCAAUCAAACGAGGAGGCUUGCCUGUUUCAUGAUCUUUAACAUACAAGUUAAGGAGACUUAUAGGCAUUCUAUUAUUCUUGGAUGCAAUUCGGUGUCUGAUGUUCAUUUAUGCGGGCAAACUGUACUUUACAAGCCUGUGGAGAGGCCAAAUGAAAGGCUGCAUCUCAAAUCCGGGGUGGCAAAAAGUAGAGCGAACUAAACUAGAAAUUUUGUAAUGCAGAUGCAAAAUGUGUGGAGGCAAAUUUCAUCAUGUUAUUCACAGCCAUGAGCUGUACAGCAUGAACGAUUCUCAUCGUUGAGAGGACUCCUUCUCUGGGUCUUUUCAGCACACGUGUACACAGCGUAGCUUUUCCUCUUGUCUUAUUGUUUGAAACCCAUUGUUGCAGAGGGUGAGGAAUUUGUUCCUGUGAGAAUCAAAUGCUGUUAAACCUUUGUUAUAGUGGAUUUUUUCUCGGAGUUGGUCCCGAGGCUUUUCCCUCGAAGUAGGGUUUUCCACGUCAAAUCUGGCGUUCAUGUGGAUGCAUGUGCUCU